AUGCUACUCGACCUUCCCAAUGAGAUUCUUUUGUGCAUUGCUGAAAGUUUUGACCUGUCCCGCGACAUCUUGGCCUCGGCGUUAUGCUGGGCAGCCCAGCAUGAUCACUCGCCGUUGGCAGAACGACUUGUUCGAGAGUACCAUGCCAAUGUGAACGCUGUCCAUGACGGCAACACUCCGCUUCUGUACGCCGCCUCGGAUGGCUCAAUCAAGGUUGUUGAUGCUCUCCUCGCCAGCCGGCAGAUCCAAGUUAACUGGCGGAAUGCAAAGGGUCAUUCUGCCCUCUGGCGUGCGGCACGGUACGGAUAUACCGACAUUGUAAAGCGAUUAUUGAAGCAAGACAACAUCAAACUCAAUAUCGCUGAUCGAACUCAGGGGACAACGCCUCUGGCAGUGGCUGUAAUACGGGGACAUGCUGAGACUGUGGAGUCUCUCUUGACAAUUCGGCGAGUCAAUGUUAACAUAAGGGACCGGCGUGGCUGGACUCCGGUUUUUCAUGCUCUCUCCCGUGCCAUUUCCUACGGGGACCGGAGCAUCUUAGAGAUGAUUCUGACAAGGCCAAACGCGGAUCUUUUGCAUCAGGAUGAAGAAGGCCGUACACCACUUAUAUAUGCGGUGCAGCAUAACGAAGCAAGCCUCACGGUGAUGCUCUUGCGCCAUCCGACAUCCCGCACCGAGCCUCGGGAUUUCCACGGUCGGACAGCUCUUUGGUACGCCGUACAACAAGGAAACACAGACAUUAUCCAGCUUCUCUUGGACAGCGGCGCGGAUAUCGCUGUCCUAGACGACUAUGGAGAGACCCCACCCCAUAAGUCCAUUAAGGACGGAAAUCUGUCCACAACCUCGUUGUUGCUGAGAGAUCCUACAGUAUGGGCCCCUGUGUUCGCGCUGCAUGCGGUGAACAACGUGCUGCCACCCCUGUGCAUGGCGGCUGAUCGGGGAAGCAUAGAGAUGGUGCGCUUGCUCGUGGAAUGUGGCUGGUACGUGAAUGAAGUGGAUGUAGAAGGGCGAACGCCAUUACACUGCGCCGCAGAGAAUGGACACGACCCAGUCGUCCAAGUACUACUGACGAACGAGCAGCUCGACGUAAACGCACGAGACCACCGGAAGUCGACCGCCUCGCACGAAGCCGCCUGGAAAGGGUACGGCUGCACCCCGCUGUGGUAUGCCACGCGACACGGUCACCACAACGUGGCUUUGAGGUUACUGGAAGAGUCAAGCGUCAUCGUCAAUGCUGUGUGUCGAUUUCAGACUCAGCCUGAGAAAUCAACCUCGCUCCAUCAUGUGGUUGACUGCGGAUCAACGCAGCUCGUGCAGCGGUUGUUGGCCCAGACAGCUCUGACCCCCAACAUAACCGACCACUACGGCCGCAGUCCAUUGGGUAGUGCGUCGCACGCAGGUAGCUUGCCAAUGGUGGAGCUCCUGCUGGGUCGAUCUGACGUGCAGGUGAAUGCAGCAGAUCAAAACGAACAGCCACCGCUGUGGUCAGCUGCUUUGCAAGGACAUAUCCAGGUCGUCGAGCGCCUGCUGCAGUGUGGAGAUAUUGAUGCUAAUCAGGGAUGGGGGCCUUAUUUGUCUCCGCUCCUGGCCGCAAUUACGCGCGGUCAUUCCGAUGUAGUCAUGCGGUUGCUGAAUUGCGUCCCGCGGCUGGAUGUUAAUGUCUGGAUCUACCUAGGGGAUUCCGCUCUCUUCCUGGCUGCCCACCAAGGAUAUACAGACGUGGUUGCGCGUCUGUUAGAAAUCUGGUGGGGACGCACUGCGUUAUGGUGGGCAGUCCGGGCGGGUCAGGCGCGAAUCGUGCAGCGGCUGCUGGAGGACGACUGGGUUCUAAUUGAUGUGAUGGAUAACGACGGGGUAGAUACUAUGCAUGCUGUGAGUAGUUAUUAUCGUUUUGAUGUUGCUCGGCUGAUUCGGACUUAUUGCUCUAUGUGA